AUGUUACUGCAAUUGGGUUUGAAUAGGACUGUUCCAGUGCUGGCUAGACGCACUUUACUGGCUAGACCAGCUAUGAUUAGAGGAUUUAACUCUGCCUCUACUUUAUUAAAAGAGAAACCAUAUGUUAAGAUCGAUUCUUUAGAACCAGGUGAGUCUGAACUGUUGAUUGCACAAAGAAAAACUAGACCUAUCUCUCCACAUUUAACCAUUUACCAACCUCAAUUAACUUGGUAUUUAUCAUCAGUACAUCGUGUAUCUUUAAUCUUUAUGGGUGGUGCCUUUUACCUACUAACCAUAUUGUUUGGUGGUGCUGCAUUAUUAGGUAUGGGUUCCAAGAUAAACACAGAAUCUGUCACUAAUUGGUAUCAUUCCACUGUUUCAAAGGUCUCUCAAUUAUCACUAAAGACAGGGUUUGCAUACUUAUUUGCUUUCCAUUAUGCAUUAGCUGUCAGACAUAUGGUUUGGGAUGCCGCUAAGGAAUUAACUUUGAAAGGUGUCUAUAGAACAGGUUACGCUGCUAUUGGAUUCGGUGCAUUGGUCGGGACUUAUUUACUCUCAUUAUAG